AUGGCCUAUGACCCGCGACAACACGGACAACAUGCUGGCCAUGGACCGUCCUUCCCUGCUCCUGGCUCACAUAUGAACCGAUUUGCUGCAUCGACGGCCUCUUUUGCGACAGAAAUGAGCGCGAACUCGUAUGCCACUCAUGGCCCGAAUCUCUCGCGCGAGCCAUACCCGGCCUGGACUCCUGACCGAGGAGUUCCGCUGUCGAAAGAAGAAAUUGAAGAUAUAUUCCUCGACCUGACGCAAAAGUUUGGGUUCCAACGGGACUCGAUGCGGAAUCAAUUCGAUUACCUGAUGAACUUGCUCGACAGUCGAGCCUCCCGUAUGAGCGCUGAGCAGGCCUUGACGACGGUUCAUGCCGACUAUAUCGGUGGACAACACGCAAAUUACCGAAAAUGGUAUUUCGCCGCCCAACUCGAUCUCGACGAUGCCGUCGGCAAAACACAAAACCCCGGUCUGCAGCGUCUCAAGUCUGUCGGUGGCAAGGGUCACCAGCGCACCAAGUCAGUCGCUGAAAAGUCACUCGACAGUGCCGGCCAUCGAUGGAGGCAGGCCAUGAGCGGUAUGAGUCACUAUGACAGACUGCGCCAGAUUGCCCUUUGGUUGCUCUGCUGGGGUGAAGGCGGCAACGUUCGGUUCACACCCGAGUGCAUGUGCUUUAUUUUCAAAUGUGCCGACGAUUACUACCGCUCCCCCGAGUGUCAGAACAGCACCGAAUCCGUCCCCGAAGGUCUAUUUUUGCACACAGUCAUCAAGCCUAUCUACCGUUUCCUGCGCGACCAGGGCUACGAGACCCAAGAGGGCAAGUUUGUCCGUCGCGAAAAGGACCACGAGGAAAUCAUCGGCUAUGACGACGUUAACCAGCUGUUCUGGUACCCCGAGGGCAUUGCAAGCAUCAUGAUGCGCGACAAGUCCCGAUUGGUCGACAUUCCUCCUGCAAAGCGAUUCAUGAAGUUCGAGCAGGUCGACUGGAAAAACUCGUUUGUCAAGACCUAUUUCGAGAAACGAACGAUUUUCCAACUUCUAGUUCAUUUCAAUCGUGUCUGGAUCAUCCACUUGUCGUUUUUCUGGUACUAUACCGCCUACAACUCGCCCAGCAUUUACAACCAGUCUACCGGUGCACCGCCCACGGCUGCUAUGCGUUGGUCCGUCACCGCGCUCGGUGGAGCCAUAUCCACACUCAUCAUGAUCCUCGCCACCCUCUCCGAAUUUAUCUUUUUGCCCCUGAACUGGAAAAAUGCCUCCCACCUUACGAUGCGACUAUUCUUCUUGUUUAUUGUCCUCGGACUUACUGCUGGCCCGACCGUGUAUAUCAUCUUUUUCACUUCAUCGACAACCCGUUCUUCGAUCCCGCUUAUCAUCGGCAUUGUUCAAUUCUUCGUCGCCGUCACCGCUACCUUGCUCUUUAGUAUCAUUCCUUCCGGGCGACUUUUUGGUGAUCGCGUUGGUUCAAAGUCCCGAAAGUACAUGGCCUCCCAGACCUUUACGGCUUCCUACCCCACACUUUCCAAAGGCCAGCGCUCGACUUCGAUCCUGCUCUGGGUCCUCGUCUUUGGUUGCAAGUUUGCCGAAUCAUACUUUUUCCUUACCCUCUCGUUCCGUGACCCGAUCCGAGUCAUGGUCGGCAUGCGAGUUCAAAGGUGCGGGGAGAGGUAUCUCGGAAAUGCCCUGUGUUCGCAUCAAGCCUCGUUCACCUUGGCCAUCAUGUUCGUUAUGGACCUGCUCUUGUUCUUCCUCGAUACAUACCUUUGGUAUGUCAUCUGGACAUCGGUCAUCUCCGUCGCGCGUGCGUUUGCGCUUGGGUCGAGUAUUUGGACACCUUGGAAGGAAAUUUACACUCGCAUGCCUAAGCGAAUCUUUGCCAAGCUCCUGGCCACGGGUGAUAUGGAGGUCAAGUACAAACCCAAGGUCCUCGUUUCCCAAAUCUGGAACGCGAUCAUCAUCUCCAUGUACCGCGAGCAUUUGCUUUCGAUAGAUCAUGUCCAGCAGCUCAUGUACCACCAAGCCGAAGACAAGGAUGGCCGCAAGACCCUCCGCGCGCCGUUGUUUUUCACCGCCCAAGGGACACGCGAAUUCCUUCCUCCCGGUUCCGAAGCUGAACGCCGUAUUUCGUUCUUUGCUCAGUCUCUUACUGCUUCAUUCCCCGAGCCGAUUUCUGUCGAAUGCAUGCCUACCUUUACGGUUCUCGUACCCCACUAUUCCGAGAAGAUUCUGCUCUCUCUGAGGGAGAUUAUUCGCGAGGAGGACCAAAACACGCGCGUUACGCUCCUGGAAUACCUGAAACAGCUGCACCCUCUCGAAUGGGACAACUUUGUUCGCGACACCAAGAUCUUGGCUGAGGAAGUUGAUGUGCCUACCCCUGAUGAGAAGUCUGGCAAGCCCGGAAAGGCCGAUGACCUUCCCUUCUACUGUAUCGGAUUCAAGUCGUCUUCUCCCGAGUUUACGCUCCGUACCCGUAUCUGGGCCAGUCUCCGCGCGCAAACGCUUUACCGCACCAUCUCCGGUUUUAUGAACUACGCCAAGGCGAUCAAGCUUCUCUACCGCGUCGAGAACCCAGAAAUGGUCCAGGCGUUCCAGGGCGACACCGAGCGACUCGAAAAGGAACUCGAGCGGAUGGCGAGGCGCAAGUUCAAGUACUGCGUGUCCAUGCAGCGCUAUGCCAAAUUCAACAAGGUCGAACAAGAAAACGCCGAGUUUUUGCUGCGCGCGUAUCCGGACUUGCAGAUUGCGUACUUGGACGAGGAGCCUGGCAAGGAAGGCAGUGAGCCUCGCGUCUUUUCGGCGCUGAUCGACGGACACUCGGAGAUUAACCCCGAGACCAAGAAACGCACGCCCAAGUUCCGCAUCGAGCUCCCCGGAAAUCCGAUUAUCGGUGACGGCAAGUCGGAUAACCAGAACCACGCUGUCAUCUUCCACCGCGGAGAGUACUUGCAAGUCGUCGACGCCAACCAGGACAAUUAUCUCGAGGAAUGUAUCAAGAUUCGUAACCUUCUCGGUGAAUUCGAAGAGUACAACAUGUCUUCUCAGUCUCCGUACGGCCAAGGCGGACACAAGGAAUUCGCCAAGGACCCCGUCGCGAUUCUCGGUGCGCGCGAGUACAUUUUCUCGGAGAACAUUGGUAUUUUGGGUGAUAUCGCUGCCGGAAAGGAACAGACGUUUGGUACCCUCUCGGCUCGUGCUCUCGCGUUCAUCGGCGGCAAACUGCACUAUGGUCACCCCGAUUUCCUCCACGCCCUGUUCAUGACGACUCGCGGCGGUGUAUCCAAGGCUCAGAAAGGUCUCCACUUGAACGAGGAUAUUUUCGCGGGUAUGACUGCGUUUGCGCGUGGCGGUCGCAUCAAGCAUUCGGAAUACUACCAGUGCGGCAAGGGUCGUGAUCAAGGUUUCGGAACUGUGCUCAACUUCCAGACCAAGCUCGGAAACGGAAUGGGCGAACAGUUGUUGUCUCGCGAGUAUUACCAUUUGGGCACGCAGCUCCCCGUCGACAGGUUCUUGACGUUUUAUUAUGGCCACGCUGGUUUCCAGAUCAACAAUAUUUUGGUCAUUUGCUCGAUUCACAUGUUUGUCUUUGUCUUGCUCUUCCUCGGAACGAUGAACAAGCAGCUCACGGUGUGCAAGUACAACUCGCAAGGUCAGAUGUUGGGUGGCCAGACUGGAUGUUACAACCUCGUCCCUGUGUUCGAUUGGAUCAGGCGUUGCAUCACUUCGAUUUUCUCUGCGUUCUUUAUUGCGUUUUUGCCGUUGUUCUUGCAAGAACUUAUGGACCGCGGUGCUGGACAUGCAAUGAUGCGUCUUGGGCGUCACUUCCUCUCCCUCUCGCCAAUCUUCGAAGUCUUCUCCACACAGAUCUAUUCCCAAGCCUUGUUGAGCAACUUGACCUUUGGUGGUGCGCGUUAUAUCGCUACCGGUCGUGGUUUCGCGACAACUCGUACAUCGUUCAGCAUCCUCUACUCGCGCUUCGCCGGACCCAGUAUCUACCUCGGAAUGCGUUCGCUCCUUAUGCUCCUCUACGCCACCAUGUCCAUCUGGAUUCCUCACCUGAUCUACUUCUGGGUCUCGAUUGUCGCCCUGUGUAUCGCUCCCUUUGUGUUCAACCCCCACCAGUUCUCGUUCAGCGACUUUAUCAUCGAUUAUCGUGAAUUCCUACGAUGGAUGUCGCGUGGUAACUCGAGGUCUCAUUCGAACUCUUGGAUCGGAUACUGCCGUUUGUCCCGUACUCAAAUCACUGGUUACAAGAAGAAGAAACUAGGCCACCCCUCGGAGAAACUGUCGAGCGACGUUCCUCGUGCAGGUUGGCGUACUGUCCUCCUUGGCGAAAUUAUAUUCCCUUCGGCGAUGGCUACCAUGCUCACAAUUGCAUACAUGUUCGUCAAGUCGUUCCCUGAUGAAAACGGAAACGCGCCUGCUAGCCCUCUUAUCCGUAUUGCCGUCAUAUCCCUUGGCCCGGUCGUCUGGAACAGUGUUGUCCUAUUGGUGCUUUUCUUCAUUUCCUUGUUCAUGGGCCCGAUCAUGAAGAACAGCUGCCCCAAGUUUGGUGCAACGAUCGCGUUUAUUGCGCAUAUGCUCAGUGUGAUUGGAAUGAUUGGGUUCUUCGAGUUCUUGUGGUUCCUCGAACUUUGGGAUGCCUCGCACGCAGUACUUGGCCUCAUUGCGGUCAUUGCGAUUCAGCGCGCAGUUCACAAGAUUCUAAUCUCUAUCUUCCUUACUCGUGAAUUCAAGCACGACGAAACCAACCGAGCGUGGUGGACAGGUACCUGGUACGGUCGUGGUCUCGGCACACACGCCAUGUCGCAACCUGCUCGCGAGUUUGUGGUCAAGACCGUUGAGCUGUCGUUGUGGAGUGGUGACUUUGUGCUCUGCCACUUCUUGUUGUUGAUUCUGUUGCCGUUUACGUUGAUUCCGUUUGUCGAUACAUUGCAUUCUACCAUGCUCUUCUGGUUGCGUCCGUCCAAGCAGAUUCGAGCUCCACUGUACUCGACCAAACAGAAACGUCAGCGACGCAAGGUUGUCAUCAAGUAUGGCCUUGUCUAUUUCCUCUCCGUUGCGAUUUUCGUUGGUCUCAUCGCUGGUCCUGCUCUGUUCCGAGAAUACAUCCACUUUAACUGCACGUUCUGCACCGCCAUCUAG